GGGGUAAAAAGGAAGAAUGACUAUUCUCUGUCAAGAGAAUGAAUGCUAUACCCUUGCACACAAACUGACUCAAGACCAAGAAAAUUACUACAUGGUGUCAGCUCUCCGACAUGUUGUCUCCGGUACCGGCGAUGGUAGGGUGAACGAUGAAGCUGCUCAGCUUUUGUUGGAAGUUCAAAAUGCUAGUAGUGGUAGGAGCAAUAUUGAUGUGGAGUUAGAGAGGGGGAAAAAGAGGAGGAGAAAUACAAAGAAGGAAUUUAGGGGAGUUAGACAAAGACCAUGGGGAAAAUGGGCCGCUGAGAUACGUGACCCGCAUAAAGCCCAACAACUUUGGCUUGGUACUUUUGUUACCGCUGAAGAUGCUGCUAGAGCUUACGACAAAAAGGCUAUAGAAUUUAGAGGUGAAAAGGCUAUAACCAACUUUCCUAUUACAGAAUAUGCUGAUGAGAUUAACAAGUCACCAACUGUAGUAAUGGAAGAAUUAAUACAAGUCAUUAAUGGUGUUGAGGUGGCUGUUAAUGGUGAAAAUAGUAUGCAAAAUGGUGAUGAGGACGACGACUUUUGGGAGACGUUAGAAGAUGAUGGACUUGUCAAGCGGAUCAAUAUGUUCUUCUGAUCCUCUCUCUAUUUUUGGGUCUGAAAAUAUCUUUAUUCUUUGGUUUGUCUGACGUCGUUUUCUUCAACUUUUUUUGAGUGGCUACUAAGGAGUGGUAGGAAAUAUCUUGUACUAGUAUUCAUGAGUAAUAAUGUACUCAAGUGUUAAGAGGCUGCAAUCAAAUCA